UUCCUCUUUAGUAAGCCAUGUUUUGUUUACAGAGUGUUGGUGUUGUUUUGUUUGUUUUUUGUUGGACAAUCACCUGUAAAAUGCAAACGAACAUUGAAUACUUGAUGUCUUCCUACUACAAUGCUGGAGAUACACCAGACGUGUAUUCCUUUCUAGUUUGAGAGAAUCUCUUGCUCAUCAGGAACCUAUACGCUGUGAUCCUAAUAUUGGACAAAAGAAGACCUGUAUGCACAGGGUGACCUGAAACCAUCCACCAGCCACCAGCAAACCAUUAUGCCGUUCAAACGUGUCACACCUGUCAAAUGUGAAGUGUGUUCAAAGUCUUAUAUAAGUAAACAUAAUCUAGAAAUACACAUGCGCGUCCAUACUGGAGAGAAACCGUUCAGAUGUGGAAUGUGUUUGAAGAAUUUCUCUACCAAGAGUAACAUUCUACAGCAUAUGAACAUUCACGCUGGUGGGAAAUUUACCACAUGUGAAGUCUGCUCAAAGUGUUGCAGGAGUAUAUACGAUCUAGAAAUACACAUGCGCGUUCAUACUGGAGAGAGGCCAUUCAAAUGUGGAAUAUGUUUGAAGGAUUUCACUUACAGGAGUAACAUUAUACAACACAUGUGGCUUCACACUGAAGAGAAACACACGUGUGGUGUGUGCAAGAAGAAUUUUGCAAACAGCAGUAGCUUGAAAGCUCAUGUUUUGGUGCACGCUGGCAGAAACUUCGAGUGUGAUAUGUGUAAGAGAACGUUCUCCGACCACUGGAAAUUGAAGACUCAUGCUUUGAUACACUCUGUCAAUAAGCGUUUCAAAUGUGGCAUGUGCACGAAAGGAUUCACAACAUUUACAGACUUGAAACACCAUGUGAGAAUUCAUACCGGCGAGAGACCUUUCAAAUGUGAUAUGUGCACCAAAUGUUUUACACAGAAUUCAAUUUUGAAAAAGCAUAAAAGGCUUCAUGAUGGUGAAAAUCCUUUCAAAUGUGAAAUGUGCACAAAGGAAUUUACAAGCGGUAGAGACUUAAAACGCCAUACGUGGACGCAUAAUGGUGAGAGGCCCUUUAAGUGUGAGAUGUGCACAAAAGGAUUUACAAGCACUACAGACUUAAAACGUCAUAUGUUGGUUCAUAGUGGUGAGAAACCUUUCAAAUGUGAUCUGUGCACAAAAUGUUUUACACGGAGUUACAAUUUGGAAAAACAUAAAAGGCUUCAUAAGGGUAAGAAAUCUUUCAAAUGUGAGCUGAGCAAAAAAUGUUUUUCAAAACCUGCAGACUUAAAACGCCAUAUAUUAAUGCAACCUGGUGACAAAACUUUCAAAUGCGAUAUGUGCACAAAAUACUUUGGAAGUGCAACAGACUUGAAACGUAUAGCGAUUGAUGCUGGGGAGAAGCAUUUUAAAUAUGAUAUGUGCGCAAAAUGUUUUAUGCAAAGUCCCAGCCUGAAAGAACAUACGUUGAUUCAUUCUGGUGAAAAAAGCUAACGAAGUGUGAGAGGUCUUAAAAACGUUUUUCAAAUCUUUGUUUAUUGCUUGUUUGUGGUGUUUGUUUUUUGUUGUUUUUUUGUUGUUUUUUUCAGUAUAAACCAACCAACCAAAACUCUAGUUACUCUAUCUCGACUGAAGGUUCAGGCACGUCCGUCCUGAUCGCUACCUGCGACACAUCUCGGUUGUAUCCAUCAGGACAGAAUUCAGUACAGAACUUAAGACAACAUAUUUAUUCAUUGUGGUAAUAAACAAUUCAAAUGUGAGAUUUGUGAAGGUAUUGGAAUACCAAAUCUAGUUAUCGGCGUACCAAAACAUGCAUUGAUUAUACAGACACUAAUAAUCUAAAUAUUAAAACAAGAAUAUAUAUAUAUAUAUAUAUAUGCCCCCACUUUUUACCAUUAGCGAUGUUUUUUUUGUUUGUUGUUGUUUUGUUUUGUUGUUUUUG